AUGCGGCACAUCCACGCAGAGACGUCCCUGCCCCCGGAGCACAGCACGGACCCCAGCCUGUCCCAGCCCAGUGGAGAGGCGCCCUUGGAACCUGCCUCGCAGCACUGUACCCACCACAGCAUCCUCAUGGGCUACAACGAGACAAAGAUCAAGCUCCAGAAGGUUUACGAGGUCUCCAUCUUCUCCCAUCUCUCCAGCUCCUCUGAGACCACAGAGCAGCGGGCAAGCAGCAGGCCAGCCAUCAAGAAGAGUUACCCCGAGCAGCGAACUCUGGAGCGGGGGCGAGAUCCCAAACGAACUCACUGGGGUAGUGGGGUAUUGGACAGCAAGCGUGAUGGGGGCCCUGGGCAGGCUUCCCUGGAUGAUGAUGAUACCUUCGAGGAUGGUCUGCUGGUAGAGGAGCUGUCCCUGUGUGGCUCUGCCCAGCACUUCUCCCACAGCGGGCUGCGGGUGGUGGAGCACCGAUGUGAGGGCAGCCCUAGCCACAGUCCCAAGGCCAGCAGAGAGGACAAGUUGCAAGAUGUCUCCUCCGCCUGGCCCCAGCACAUUGCUUGCAGUACUUUGCACACAAGAGACAGUUGUCCUGUCUCAUCUGGGGAUCAGCCCACAGCCUGUGGGGAUAAUGGAGAGCAGGCGAGUGGCCACAACUUAAUUCAACUUGAUUUGCACAAUAUUGCACAAACUGCCCAGCUGGACUCUGGUGGGAAGAGAGAGAAGCCAGGGAGCAGCACAGCUCACAGCAGCAGAGCUAGCAGAGAAGAGGAAUGGCCAGUGGUGGCCAAUGGGUGUAAGGAGCUUCCAGCUACGCAAACAGCUCUCACCCUUGAGCUCAGCAACCUGAGCUCCCUGGAGAAGACACCUGCCGGGAGCAGCCAGCCCAGCAGCCGCAGCUGCCUGGCCAGAAGGAAGCUGCUGCCUGCUGGCGAGAUUGUGGGUGACUCCUGCUCUGAGGACGAGAGCCUGUCCCCACCAGUAAGGAAGAGGAGGCUCCAGCUCUGCCCUGCAGUGCCCACAGCCUGCCGUAGCACUGAUGCCAAGGGGGCUCCUUUCUGGAAUCACCUGCUUCCCACAGCCAAGAGCUCGGUGGACUGCAGUGUGGUCGGGAGGAGACUGAAGAGCGGGCUGCGCCUCAAACUGCGACAUCUCCGGAGCAGCCUCCAGAGGGGCACAAAGUCCUCCGCAACACCCUGGGCCACCACUACUGUCAGUCGUGCUCUGCUGGGCAACUUUGAGGAGUCAAUCCUGAAAGGGCGCUUUGCACCAUCGGGGAGGAUCGAGGGGUUCACGGCAGAGAUCGGUGCCAGUGGUUCCUACUGCCCCCAGCAUGCCACCCUGCCUGUUGACGUCACCUACUUUGACAUCUCCGAACACAGUGUGCCCUCGCCUUUCCUGGGAGUGAUUAACUUGGAGACCUUGGGAAAGAAGGGUUAUAGUGUCCCCAAAGCUGGAACCAUCCAAGUGACCUUAUUUAACCCCAACAAGACUGUGGUGAAGAUGUUCUUGGUGACGUACGACUUCCAGGACAUGCCGGCCAACCACAUGACCUUCCUACGCCACCGCAUCUUCCUGGUGCCUGUCGGGGAGAAGGAAGGGGCCAGUGUGGCCACCAGCCCACCGCAUAGGGUUCUCUGCUACCUGAUGCACCUAAGGUUUCACAGCUCCAAGUCGGGGAAGAUCUACCUUAACGAUGACAUCCGGCUGCUUUUCUCCCGCAAGUCGAUCGAGGUCGACUCAGGGAUCCCCUAUGAACUGAAAUCUUUCACGGAGAUGCCGAAGAACCCCUGCUACUCGCCCCGGGCCUGA